CCUAAAAUGUCCUCAAAAAAAAAAUUAACUGGUAACUUUGAAGAACACCUGCUUGAUGGAGGGCCAAGCAUGUCCCUGUUGACAGGAAAUAUCAGAUUUCCUCUUUCACGUGAGGAUGAAGGGCUGCGUUAGAUUCGCGUCAGCCACCCGGAAAAGGCGUUGAAGCGUGAAAGAAAAAGACCAGAAGAUUUAUCUUUCCCAAAACUGAAGAAUGAAGCUCUUGAUACUUGGGGCCACAGGACAAACAGGCCAGUUAUUAGUGAGACAAGCACUAGAUCAGGGCCAUGUGGUGAAGGCUGUUGUAAGAACUCCCAGCAAGCUGACCAUUCAGCAUGACAACCUGAAGGUGGUGAAAGCAAAUAUCUUCUCAGCUGAAAGCCUUGUGGAGCACUUCAAUGAACAGGAUGCCAUCAUGUCCUGUCUUGGAUUCCCAAUGAGCAUAUUUUCUGAUGUUACAGGAUAUACAGAAUCAAUAGAAGCUAUAGUUCUUGCUAUGCGUGAAGCAAAAGUGACACGACUUAUAGCAAUGACAUCCUGGUACACGAAACCUGAAACUGCUCAGGAGGCUUCCUGGACAAUUCGGUGGGUCUUGAUUCCCCUCAUCCGCAAAUUGCUGAUCAACAUGGACGAGAUGGAGAAUUAUCUGAACAAUGACUGCCAAGACCUCAGGUGGACUGUGGUGAGACCACCAGGACUUCAGAAUGCACCAAAAACAGACAAAGAAAUAUUAACUCAUGAAGGGUACUUUGUGCCAGGUCCAGAUGGAAUUCCCAUUGGAGAUUCAGUGACACGAGGAGAUGUUGCUCGCUUUAUGCUGUCACUCAUCGAAGAAUAUUCGUGGGUUAAGAAGGCAGUAGCCAUGAUAACAAAAUGAAAGAAAUAUUCCUGCCAAUGGAGUGAAAACUUCUUUACUUUACAUUAUUCCCAAUUUUCUAGCCAAAUUCUGAAACCAUGAGAACAAAGAGACAGAGUUGUGGAGUAAGGAAGUAAAGACAAAAAACAGUGCUACAGUAAAAAUGCUGCCAAACAAGCUCCUGGGAAUUAAAGGGUAACCUUUACUUGGCUGUGUCUUUCAGCUCUUGUUUAUGUAUGUAAAGCUAAAAGUUGUAGGCUGUCCUUUUGAGUUAACAAUGAAAAACAAUUCAUUUUUCUCAGUAAGGAUGUUUCAUAGGAUUAAAUAAGUAUGGAAUAUGUUAUUAAUAAACCAGUAGAAUUUGAAAAUAGCUUUGAUAUAAAACAAUCUCAUGACAUUAUUUUGAGUAAUACAUAAUACCCAUUGAGUCCAGAAACUAUGGUACAGAAACAGCACUUAUUUAGAAGUCUUUUGAACUGAUCCAAGCAAUUCCCUCAAUUGUAUUGGACAAGUAAAACAAAUUACGAUGCAGUAUAAAUGAACAGUUUUGUGUUUCAGUCAAAUAUUAAUAUUUAUAGUGCUUUCUGGUUAAUAUUGUUGGUUAGGUACUGAACAUCAUUCUAAAUUGCAGAAAGUUCCAAAAUACAGAACUGACUUGGUCUCCAAGAUUCCAGACUUGAGAGGUUCCAGUGCAUAAUGUGUUAGUGACAUGAAUUAAGUUAGUUUAUAAACUGGCUGCAUGUAGGGGUCACCAUUACUUCUGAGAACAUGAGGGCUUUUAAAAAGCCCAAGUUCAUGGUAAUGUACGCAAUGGCUAAAUACACCUCCAAUGUCUGAAUGUAUAAUCAACAUCUCAAUCAAAGUGUUUUAUGUGAACAUGGAAUUAUUAAUAAUUCAUAAAUGGAAAAAGUACACUUAGCACUAUGGUUUCUGUUUUUAUGCUUUUUCACAAAUGUAGACCGUUUUAUGCAUUCAGUUUGGAAGCUUUUUAUGCCUGUUAUAUUUAAUUGUUAAGUCUUUACUUUUGUCAUGUUUACUUUUUUCUGCUACAAAAUUUGCUUCAAGAUUUAAUAAAAUCAAUAUUUUGCAAAAA